AUGUCUGGCUCCAAGGGAUUCAUCUCCCAACUAAAUGUGUUCAAUAAGGACAACUAUCAAUUCGGAUCAUCCGACAAGACAUCCAAGGCAAAAAGUUCUACCACUGCAACUUCAGAAGAGGUAGGCUCCGAUGUUGAAGCCGGUCAGCAGUUUGUUACCGAAUUAGACCAAGGUGAAAAAAAAUUGGGUCUAGUAUCAUGUAUUGGGCUGAUUUGUAAUAGAAUGUUGGGUACAGGUGUGUUCGCCGUCUCAUCCACCAUUUAUACAUUAUGUGGUUCCAUAGGGCUGGCAUUAAUCAUGUGGGCCGUCGGUGCCAUUAUUGCCAUCUCAGGGUUGUACGUCUAUAUGGAAUUCGGUACUGCCAUCCCCAAGAAUGGUGGUGAAAAAAAUUAUUUGGAAGCCAUCUUCAAGAAACCAAGAUUCUUUAUUACAUCCAUGUAUGCCGCAUACGUCUUCUUCCUAGGUUGGGCUGCUGGUAACUCUGUCAACACCGCUGUCAUGUUCUUAACCGCUGCGGGCGCUGAUGUGACUACAUGGAAUCAAAGGGGUAUUGCCGUGGCAGUUAUAUUUUUCGCAUUCUUCAUUAAUUCAGUAAGUGUCAAGACCGGUCUUUACAUCCAAAAUGCAUUAGGUAUCUUCAAAAUAUUUAUUGUUCUUUUCAUUUCAGUCACAGGUUGGGUCGCACUUGGUGGUGGUUUGAAAGAUGGGUACCAAACUCAUAAUUUCCAUGAUGCAUUUGCCGGUACAGAAAAUGCUACUGCCUACGGUAUUGUUACCGCAUUGUAUAAUGUUAUCUGGUCAUUCGUUGGUUACUCAAACGUCAAUUACGCUCUUGGUGAAGUCAAAGACCCAGUCAGAACUUUGAAGAUUGCCGGUCCUACCUCCAUGGUCUUCAUCGCCAUUGUCUAUAUCUUCGUUAACGUUGCAUACUUCGCUGUGGUUCCAAAGGAAAAAUUAAUUUCUUCCAAAUUAGUCCUAGCCGCAGAUUUUUUCGAUAUUGUCUUUGGUGAACAUGGUAAGAAGGCUGCUGCUGCUUUCGUGGGACUAAGUGCCCUAGGUAACGUCCUCUCUGUUAUCUUCUCACAAGGUAGAAUCAUCCAACAAUUAGGUCGUGAAGGUGUUUUGCCAUUUUCAAAUUUUUUUGCAAGCUCCAAACCUUUUGAUUCACCAAUGGUCGGUUUGUUUCAACACAUGAUCAUCUGUUUGAUAACAUUCUUGGCUUUCCCUGCAGGAGAUGCGUAUUUGGCUAUCAGUAAUUUAAUCUCCUACCCAAUGAACAUUAUCAACUUUGCAAUCAGUGCCGGUUUACUUUGGAUUUACUAUCAAAGAAGACAGGGCAAAAUUGAGUGGAACCCACCAAUUAAAGCGGGUGUAUGCAUUACAACUUUCUUUAUGCUCUCAAAUGUUUAUUUGAUCAUUGCUCCAUACGUACCACCUUCUAAUGGAGAAUCUGUUUACGAAAGUUUACCAUAUUGGAUUCAUUGUGUUAUCGCAUGGGGUAUUUUCGCCAUUGGUGGUGUGUAUUAUCUUGUAUGGGCUCAAAUAUUACCCAGAAUAUACCACUACAAGUUGGAGACCAAGGAUAUACUGGGUGAUGAUGGAUUCUGGAGAGUUCAAAUUGUUAAAGUCUAUGACGAUGAGUCAAAGAACGUGCAAAACGAUGCUGAAGGUGAUUCACCUUCAGUUGAGAACAUUGAGUUGGAGAUGGUGGAGAGUAAGAAGGACGCAGAUGAAGGUCUUCACAGUAGGCUUUCCUAA